AUGUCUUCUCCUGCUGAACAACCCUCAGUCCCUGCCCUCGCCGAGCCCGUCGUGGCUCCCACUGAACCCACUCCCGCUGCCGAGGUGGACCCCUCUGCUGCUGCUGCCCCCGAGGAGGUCGCCGACACCCCUGCGCCCGCGGCCGAACAGACCGCUGCUCAAGUCGCUGAGGCCGAGCUGGCUGCUGCACCAGCCGCUGCCGAAGCUUCUCCCGCCGAGGAAUCCAAGGCUGUCGAGGCCGCCAAGGCUGAGGACAAGAAGGAGAAGAAGCAAGGCCGCAAGCCGUUUGCCGACCUCCUCAACAAAAUCCUCAAACCUCAUCCUCAGGACAAGGCCACGCCUGAGAAGAAGACCGAAGCCGAGGGCACCGUAGCUGCCGACGAAGCAGCACCCGAAGCCGCCGCCCCCGCUGCCGACGCACCGGCUGCCGAGUCCGAAGCUCAAGCCGAGGCCGCGCCCGAACCCGCCGCCACCGAUGCGGCUCCCGUUGAGGCCGCCAAGGAUGUCACCACCCCGCGCAAGGAACGCGCCAACAUCUUCGACAAGAUCACCGCCUUUGUCAUGAAGCCCAAGAGCCCCAAGCCCAAGAAAGCCGAGGCCGCCAAGGAGGAGGGCGAGGAUGCCAAGACCGAGGCCCCUGUCGCUGCUGAACCAACCGCCGACCCCCAACCUGCAGAAGACGCUGCUCCUGCAUCCCCUCAAGCGCCCGCCGUCGAGGCUGUCGAAGCCUCACCGGCCGAGGCUGCCGCUGUUCCCGCGGAGACACCAGAGGAGGCCAAAGUCGAGAAGAAGGAAAAGUCCCCCAAAGACUUGGCCAAGCUGGCCCGACGGUUCAGCGGCCGCUUGUUCGGCGCCGUCGGCGAGAAGAAGAAAGAGCCCACCAAGAAGCCCGAGCCCACGCAGGAAGAAGAGGCCGAAUCGGAAGCCCCCGCUGAGCUCGCGCCCGUCUCCGACGCCGCCCCGCAGAUUCCUGCCGACACCACGCCCGAGGUCUCGCAGGCGGCCACCGAGCCCGCCCCCGUGAUCGCAGCCGCCGCAUGA